AUGGCCACGCGUGAGGAGCUCCGCACCGGCGUGAAGAUCGCCAAGGGCAAUCCCAAGCCAGCCGAGGAUUUCGAGCCUAAAUCUAGGUCGGUAUGGGACAAGAUAGGGAAGCUCGAGGACCGGGGCCUGUGUAUGGAGUGCGAGCGGCGCCGGUGGAAGACCAGCAACAUACAGGUGUGCCUCGACUGCGCCAAGAGCCUGAAGUCGCUGACGUGUUGCCACUGCAAGAUAUCGUACGUGAACCACAAGUUCUGCGCGAAGGCGUCGAAGAUUUACAAGCGUGAGCUGUGCCUGUCUUGCGCGUCUAACUGGGCCACGCACAACUGCGACCCGAAGCUGUGCAGGCUCUGCAACCAGUGGUCUGCCUGGCGCUCCACGUCCGAGUGCGACCGUUGCCACGACCUGCUGCUGAAGUACGGCGAGCCUUCGAAAUGCGAGUCUUGCAACAACAACGCGGCGUUCGACCGCGGUGAGUCCGCGCGGCAGCGGGUGAACGACCUGCGGCUGUGCUUCCUCUGCACGUGCAACUACAAGAAGAAUGACUACUACAAUCGCAAGUUGUUGAUGCAUAUGGGGCAGGAUGCAGGAUCGGGCAAGAAAGUACAGCGCACCUCGAGCGCUCAGGAGGACUCGCCGACCAACCCGGAUUUGGCAAAGACCAAAGCCGAAGGUGCGGAGGCUUCGGCUGAGACCGCCGCACAGCGCGAGGUGGCGGACCUGAAGGAGUGCAUCAAGAACCUGAAGCGGAAGUACGCGGAGCUGCAGGAGGAGAACAUCAGGCUGAAGAAGCGCCUCAGGGAGCAGUGA